AUGCACCGCAAAAACCCCAUCUCCGUGCUCGUCUACAACACGCUCUUCCCCACGCCCUCACCCACCGACCCCCCAUCCUUCUCCGCCCACCUCUCCAAAAACCUCGUCGGCGAAGUCCGCAUCGAAACCGCAAACUUCUACGGCUCGCUCGACACCAUCGAAGCAAGAUACCCCGGGCUCAACUAUGCUUUCGCCCCCCACCGCAAGCGCCUCGGCCGCUUCCCCCACCACCGCAAGCUCUUCGCGGCCUUUGAUUCGCUGGGCCUGACCGAGUCUGAAAUCCAGGGCUUCUGCCGCUGGGAAGGCACGCUGUGGGCGCGCGAACGCUACGAGCGCGACGAGGGCGUCAAGGUCGUCGACACAACCGGCUGCGAAAUCGGCGCAUGGGUCGACCGCCGACAACCGCGGUCGCGCGCGUCGCCGCAGAGCAGGAAUAUCAACGUCAAGACGGACAUCGAGGUGGAAAUCACGCCGCAGCUGCACGCCCAGGACACGGAGAUGCAGGACUCGGACGAGAGCGAGGAGGAGCUCGAUGCGAGUGUGGGCUUCAGUCUCAAUGCGAGACUCCUCCAGGCGGCCGCUCUGCGCGAGCAGGGCGCCAACGUCGUCAUGGAUCCCGAGUGGGAACAGUACCUCAAGGAGGCGCAGGAGCGCGGGGAACUCAAUAUCGAUGCGACACGCGCGGUCCUGCUCGCCGCGCAACAAACCGCUGCAGAACAACCGCAGGCUUUUGAACCCGCGGCUGCAGCUUAG